AUCUUCAGUUCCAUUCUAUCAUUCAGUCAAUCAGAGGAUGUCACUUUGGACUUUGACAUAGUUGACGUUUCAGUUGCGGUUUGCUUGCUCUUGCUCUGCUACACAAUAGAAAAGUGUGGAUGUGAAUAUCGAAAAACAUUAAUAAGCAUAAUAAUGGCUUAUUUCAUAAAUUCUCCUGUAUUUAUUAGUGUUUUAUUGUUCGUUUUGAUUUCAGUCCCAAACUCACAAGGAUCUAAAGCGGAAUUUGUAACAUGCGGCUCUAUUUUGAAGAUGAUAAACACAGACUUGAGGUUACGGCUUCACUCACACGACGUGAAGUAUGGUUCGGGCUCCGGCCAGCAAUCAGUGACUGCGGUGGACGUAGCUGAUGACUACAACAGCCACUGGCUAGUUCGUGCGCCCAUGGGAGAAUCAUGCAAGCGCGGAGCUCCCGUAAAAUGCAACUCCAACAUCCGUCUACAGCAUGUAUCAACUAAGAAGAACCUUCACUCCCACUACUUCUCAUCCCCACUGUCAGGAAACCAGGAGGUGUCAUGCUAUGGAGACGAGGAUGGUGAGGGUGACACUGGAGACCACUGGACUGUCGUGUGCAAUAAUGAUUUCUGGAGGAGGGACACUCCUGUUAAGUUUAGACAUGUUGAUACUGGAUCGUUCCUGGCUGGUUCUGGUCGAACUUUUGGCCGACCAAUCAGUGGGCAGGGUGAGAUUGUGGGUGUCACCUCACAGUACGGAGCGUACACCGACUGGCAAGCCAAAGAGGGUCUGUUCAUCCACCCUGGUGAACUACUUCCCCACCAACAUGCAAUACAUUCCGAGUUAUAAUUGUAAAAUAUUAUUUAUUGUAUAAUAAAUGUUUUUGUAAUUUAUUAGGAUCUAAUAUACAA